AAGUCGCCGCGUCCUUCUCGCUCCUCCUUCCUCCUGUUUGUCGAACCCUCUAAACCUACUGUACCUACCUCGGGCAGCAGCACUCGCAGAAGGGGACGGUCGCAGGCGAGCAGGCCAUAGUAGACCUACAUAUCCACCCUCUGGUCUCCUUCAGGGCCACACCAUGAGCAGCGGCAGCCCACAAACGGUCCACCGGCGAGGGGGAGGAGUAGGAGGAGGAGGCAGCGGCACCAAGCCGACCAAAGCAUCACGCUCGCCAAAAGACAGUCCAGAACAGCACACACCGAUCGUCGGACGUCUGAGCGAAUACCUGCCAAUUGUCGUAUUUGCCACCUUCAUCAAGCUCCUGCUCGUCCCAUCAUACCGCUCAACAGACUUUGAGGUACACCGCAAUUGGUUGGCCAUCACGCACAGCUUACCCAUACAUCGAUGGUACUAUGAGGACACAUCGGAAUGGACUUUGGACUACCCGCCUUUCUUUGCAUGGUUCGAGCAUCUCCUCUCGCGUAUGGCCGCGCUUGUCCACCCGGAGAUGCUGGAGGUGAAGAAUCUGGGAUAUGCGAGCUGGCAGACGGUGCUGUUCCAGCGAUUGUCGGUCAUUGUCACCGAGGGUGUGCUGGUAUAUGGGGCUGCCAGAAUCGCCAGCAGAUUACACACCAAGACCCAACGGCAGAUCCUAUUCGGUAUCAUCUUCCUCAGCCCGGGGCUGCUGUUCGUGGAUCAUGUGCAUUUCCAAUACAACGGGUUCAUGUACGGCUUGCAGCUGCUGUCCAUCGCUGCCAUGCUUGAGGACCGACCCCUGCUCGGGGGAAUUCUGUUCGCCGUCAUCCUGAACUUCAAGCACAUCUAUCUGUAUCAAGCGCCCGCAUACUUUGUUUACCUGUUUCGGGUUUACUGCUUUAAAAACGGCACCUUCUCCCUCACGCGAUUCACCACCCUCGGCCUCUCAGUCCUCACAGUCUUCGCCGCCUCCUUCAGCCCCUUCAUCCACCACCUCCCACAGAUCCUCUCCCGCCUCUUCCCUUUCAAAAGAGGACUCUGCCACGCCUACUGGGCGCCCAACUUUUGGGCCCUGUACGCCGGCGCCGAUCGAGUGUUGGUGUUAGCCGCAAAGCUCUUCCGCCAUCCCCGCCCCCCCUCCCUCGCCUCACCCACACGGGGCCUCAUCGGCGACACAACCUUCACCCUUCUCCCCGCCAUCACGCCUCUGCACACCCUCCUCCUAACGAUCGCGACACAGUUACCCGUCCUGUACGCUCUGUGGAAACGACCAAAAAAGGAUGUGUUUGUUGACGCGGUUGUGAUGUGUGGAUUUGGGGCUUAUUUGUUUGGGUGGCAUGUGCAUGAGAAGGCGAUUUUGAUUGUGCUGGUGCCGUUGAGCCUGACAGUAACCCGCUCACCCGCCCAAGCCCGCAUCUUCUACAUCCUGGCAUGCACCGGAUACUUCUCACUACACCCGUUGCUGUUCAAGGCCGCAGAAACACCCCUAAAACUCCUAACAACCCUCGCCUUCGCCACCAUCGCUCCACCUUUCUUGUCCGCUAUCUCCUCUGGCAAAUCACUGGGGUUGUACAUCCACGAAAAGGCCUAUCUUGCACUCUUCAUACCCCUGUUUGUGUACACUGAUGUUGUGCAGCCGUUUUGGACAUGGAGACAAGAACUUCGUGGUGGUGGUGGAGAGGGAGGGGGAGAUGGGGAUGGGCUAGGGGAGGGUGGAGGCAAGUGGACGUUCUUGCCGCUGUUGGUGACGAGUGUGUAUUGUGCGGUUGGGGUUGUGUAUUGUUGGGGGGUUUUGGGGUGGAGGGUUGUGAGGGGGAUGUAGGUGAAGGGGUGGGUGAGGGGAGAAGAUGGUAGAGCUUUUUCAUUUGUCACAUAUCACGUCACCUUCACGCUGGAUCAAUCGUAUGUACGCAGAUGAAGUAUAUAUUGAUAGCGGGCCUCAAACUUCCUCGCACGCAUGGAUAAC